AUGGCUCCCUCACCCUCUGCAAGCUUCUACGACCUCUCAGACGAUGAGGAGGCCGACUACAACACCAUUACUGAAGCCACCUCGGGGAAGGGCGUAAAGCUCCUCUUCUCAAAAAGCAAGGUCUAUGUUCACCCCACCUCGUCAGCCAAAGGGAAUAUCGCUGGUUUCAUUGCCCUCGUCCAGCAGAAGCCCUCUCCAACCGAAGCUCGUCCGAGCUCUUCUCAUAGCAGCAAAAAGUCACAGAACUCCUCUAGCUACUUUCUAGCCUGGGUGCCAGAGUCAACCCUUGGACAAGAUGACCUGAGUACAUAUGAGAAGAUUGACUUGCCAGACGCUGAAUCUCCUCCGAAGCGGGCCAGCUUAGUACCUCCUAUACCUCUUGCUACAUUCGAUGGUGCCACUGUUGGACCAUACGCCUUUUCUCUGCCUCUAUCGAGCAUAUACUCGAUCCUAGUCCGCCCCCCAAGCUUAGGUUGGUGGUUUGGGAGUAUCGUCAUCAAUACACGCUCCGGUUCCAGUCUCCCGGCGCUGUUCUUUCAUGACUCGGAGUGCGAAAGUACAAUCUUACAAAAGAAGAAGCUAGCGAAGGAAUCAUUUGAUCCGUUUGGAGAGCAUGGCGGCCUGUUCUGGGGUGGCGAUGAGGUUGUCAGGUGGCUGAAACGAUACGUCGACGUUGAACGGAGCACCGCUGAGCCUUCCGUGUACUUGAUUGACCCCUCUGAAGAGGACAAACUUGGCUUUGGUCAAGGACGAAAGUCUCUUGAAGAGCCCACCAGCCCUACCAACACAAACCAAAAGAAGCCCCAGCAGAAGCAACAAGGGAUGCAAAUGGAUCCACUGACAAAGACGCUGAAGGAGACACGGUGGAAAAUACUGGAGCAGCUGUCGAAAGUUACCACCUUUACGAGACGGACUGCUGAGGACAUUGUUAACAACAAGAAUGUUCCUCCUCAAGUCCGACGGCUCAUUCAGAAUCCGGAAGUGCAGACAAUUCAGGAUGAAUUUGACAGUGCUCGGCUCUAUCUUGCAAGAUGGGCAAUGGGUAUUGCAGAGCAGAGUGAGAAAGAGAAGAACCAGAGAAUAUGGACGGCCAAGGAUGUGCUUGAAUUGGAAGAAACUGGCGUGGGCGACUUCGAAAUUCUGGACAUGGAGGCAGGGCGGAUGUCUCUGGGUGCGAGCAAGCGAAAGAUCGUUGAUAUGAAGGAGUGGGAGUCCUUCUUUGAUUCCACUGGUAGACUGUUCGUCACACCUGAUGAAGUCAAGGAACGCAUCUUCCAUGGCGGACUUGAUCCGGACGAUGGGGUACGCAAGGAAGCAUGGCUCUUCCUCCUUGGAGUAUACGAUUGGAACAGCACCAAGGAAGAACGACAUUCCUUCAUGAAUCGCAAGCGAGAUGAGUAUAUUCAGCUCAAGGGUGCUUGGUGGGAUCGCAUGGUCGAGGGUCACCCCACCCCCGAGCAAGAAGAGUGGUGGAAGGAGCAGAAGAACCGAAUCGAGAAGGACGUACACCGCACCGAUCGGCAUAUUCCGUUGUUCGCUGGAGAAGAUAUUCCUCACCCCGACCCUUCUUCCCCUUUCUACAACACCGACGGACCAGGCACGAACGUUCACAUGGAGCAGCUGAAAGACAUGUUGCUCACCUAUCUUGAAUACGAUACUCCACCCUCAGAAUCACAUCCAGCGCAUGUGUACAAAACUUCGAAUCCUCACCCUCAGAACCUUGGCUAUGUCCAAGGCAUGUCUGAUCUCCUCUCUCCUCUCUACGCCGUCUUUCAAGACGAUGCAGUCGCUUUCUGGGCGUUCGUCAACUUCAUGCAGCGUAUGUCCCGAAACUUUGUGCGCUCACAGAGCGGUAUGAGGUCACAACUCUCGACUCUUGAUCAGCUGGUGCAGUUGCUCGACCCUAAAUUGUAUCUUCACCUACAAUCUGCUGAUUCAACGAAUUUCUUCUUCUUUUUCCGGAUGUUAUUGGUAUGGUACAAGAGAGAGUUCGAUUGGCCGGACGUUCUUCGAUUAUGGGAGACGCUGUGGACCGACUACUUGUCUUCUCAAUUUCACCUCUUCAUCGCGGUUGCUAUCUUGGAGAAGCAUCGGGAAGUCAUCAUGGAGCACCUAAAGCAAUUUGACGAGGUGCUGAAGUAUAUCAAUGAGCUCUCUGGGACCAUUGAGCUUCGGGAGACACUCGUACGCGCAGAGGGUCUGUACAAGCGUUUUGAGAGGACAGUUGGCGUGGUGGACAGACAGACUGCGCUCCCUGCGCCGAACGAAGGCCUUCGUAACCGGAAAGGCAAGGGCCUCAUGGAAGACGAGGCAACUACGAGCGAGAUGGGCCGACUGAUCGACCGCAAUGAGGAGGAACGCAAAGCCAAAGCUCGUGCCAGCAAAGAACCAGCCACCGAAGCAGAGCAAAAGGUCAUCACCGAACAGCUACGUCAGCUCAUGGAGCGGAAAGUCUUCUGGUUCCCACCGGAAUGA